AUGACUUACAUCACAUCCAGCCAGCCAACUCCGUUUGCCAUAAGAAGUGCUGGAAAAGCCCCGAGUGUAGGCGUGACCGCGAUCACUGAAUUUGUCAAGUUCUUGCUCGUGCAGUUGAAGGAUUUUUGUGGAGAAUUUCUCAAGAGGAAGCUCAGCCUUGGCAACUGUGUGGCCGUCCAUAGCCUUGCGCACAUGUACACUUUGGACCAGCUGGCCUUACGUGCUGCUGACAUGAUUCGUCGCAAUUUCCAUAAAGUCAUCCAGGAUGAGGAAUUUUACACGCUUCCAUUCCAUCUGGUCAGAGACUGGCUGUCAGACGCAGAGAUUACAGUUGACACUGAGGAGGUUUUGUUUGAUGCAGUAGUCAAAUGGGUUCAGAAGAACUCAGAAGAACGGGUGAAGUAUUUUGAGGAGCUUUUUCGUCUUCUCAGGCUGCCACAGAUAAAGCCAACGUAUCUUACAAGAGUUGUGAAGAAUGAGCCUUUGGUCGUGCAGAAUGCAGCCUGCCUACAGCUUGUGUCAGAGGCUGUGGAGGGUCAUGCGAUCCGCUUUGAAAACCUCAAAUCAGCAGAUACAGAGUUCUGGGCAUCAUACAUGGCCACAUUCCAACCCAGAUUUGGCCAGAACAUGGAUGUCAUCGUGGUGGUCGGUGGGGUCUCUGAAGGAGGUGACUACCUGAGUGAGUGCGUAGGGUACUUUGUAUACGAAGACCGUUGGGUCAAUUUGCCACACAUCCAUAACCAUCUGGAUGGUCACGCUAUUGCGGCCACUGAUACCCAUGUAUACGUGGCUGGGUCCAUGGAACCAGGAUUUGCCAAGACAGUGGAGCGCUACAAUCCAAAUCGCAACACCUGGGAACAAGUGAGCAACCUCACCACACGCAAGCAUUCCUUUGGCCUCACCUGCAUCAGAAAUAUUCUGUAUAGUAUUGGCGGUCAUGGCAACUUCAGCCCUGGCUUUAAGGAUGUGAGUGUCUAUGAACCUGACCAAGACAAGUGGCACAACCUAGAAUCUGCUCCUAAGAUUUUGAGAGACGUCAAGGCUAUUAGUGUCGAAGAUCGAUACGUUUAUGUCACCGCGAGAACUCCCAUAGAUACUGACAGCGAUGAUGGGUUGAAGACGGUGACUACUCGCUACGACACUGACAGUCGCCAGUGGCAAGAAGUCGAUUCCUUACCGCUUAUUGACAACUACUGCUUGUUCCAAAUGGCUGUAGCGUCGACUAACUUCUACCACACGGCUUCUUGCUGUCCCAAGAGUUACACCAACGUACGUGAUGAUGUAGCUCGUCAAAAGAUCAGCGCAAGGAUAUCUGAUGAUAUUCUUGAGAGCCUUCCCCCAGAAGUUACUAGUAUUGAGGGUGCUGCCAUCUGCUAUCUUGGUGAUGAUGUGUUUGUGAUUGGUGGCUGGAAGAACAGUGACGAUGUGGAUAAGCAGUAUCGCAAGGAGGCGUACCGUUAUUGUGCUGAGCGCAAGCGCUGGAUGCUUCUGCCACCCAUGCCUCAGCCACGCUGUCGUGCCACAGCAUGUCACGCUCGCAUUCCCUACCGCUUUCUAUACGGCUGUCAGCGUUACCCAAUGCCACAAAAUCUGGCACGCCAGAGGGACCGUAUGCAGCAAAUGCAACAGUUACAUCGUCGCACAUUAACUCUACGCAGGCAGUUACAAUCACAGAUUGAAUGCUGAGAGCCCUUGUUGCUCAAUAGAAAACAACUGCUGCAAAAAUCAUGAUAAUAUAGUCUUGAACAUUCCCAUGAUCCCAUUCUUAUUAAAAUGUGUAUUGUUUAUUUGUGACAUUUCAUCACUGGGAGAGUGAAUGAAAUGGCUGAAGCUAGUAAAGAGAGUAUUUUCAAUGUGACUUUGUAUAAUGGAAUCAUAUAAAUAUGUAAAAAAGAUACGUUUGUAAAUAUCUGUACACAUGAAACAUUGUUUCAUGGCCUCGCAUGAAUUUGCCUUAUUCCCACUGACGGCAAUUUGCAGAAUGCUGCACAUUGUUCAUUUAUCUUGAGUCAUGGUGAUGGUUGUCCUGCUACAUUUGUGGGUUUUUAGGUUGUUUGUUUUGCAGGGAGAGACACCAUUUUUCCCAGCUGUAAUGAAUGAGCUGUUCAAAACCGCUCGCACGUUUUGAACAAACCAUUAAUAACUACAAAAAGAACUCACUUGUAAAUUACUUGUUUCUGGUCUUAAUUGUGAUGAUUUUAUUUGUCUUGCACUUGUUUGUCAAUGCAAUUCUUUCACAGUUUUUGUUUAUAUGUGUAAAAAUGCAUUCUUCGCAACUACAAGCACUUCAUUUCAGCAUUAGCCCUUGUCUUAUUCUUUAUUCUUAUAGUUUAAAUUGAUUAUAUUUGUUCUUUUUCAACUUGAAAGCACAGGGAAUAAAGACAGUUAUGGCAUCAGUUAUUGACGCAUGAAGGCCACACCUAAUAAAAUUGUAAAACCAUAGAUGUUCAGAAUAUAGUCAAGGAUUCAUUACCUCAGUGUCAAGGGCAGGAUUUUGUUACUUAAAAACAAUUUGUCAUUGGUUUUGUGGUCUAUGCCAGUUUGAGAUCUCUCAGCUUCCUUGAUUUAAUUAUUUUCACUCAUAUGUUUUUAGCAACCUCAUCAGCUUGUGCUCUGUCAUGCAAUGCCUGUCAAGAAUUA